AGAGAAAACAGGCAGAACCUGAUAUGUAAAUGAGCAGAGCAAAUGAAAGUAACAUUCAAUGACCUGAUGAUCAUUCCAGACUGUGUUUCUAUUGAGAGAUAAAAGGCUGGUUGAAUGAGUUGCCUAUGAAAGCUACUUCAUCUGUAAGAAAACAGGCGUCUGCACCAGUGACUGGGCCAGUGCUCUAAAAUGAGUCUCUCUGGGGAGAGAGAGGAGGGGGGCCCUGCCUUUAAAAUGAGUCUCUCUGGGGAGAGAGAGGAGGGGGGCCCUGCAUCUAAAAUGAGUCUCUCUGGGGAACAUGACACCAAAGCUAAGAGUCCAAUCAAGCAGGAGAGACCAGCCUCCCCUGUUCCCAGCUGUGUGUCCAUGAAGAGUGACUGGUCUAUGGGUCAACCUCUAAACUUUAGAGAGGGAGACUUUUCUACUGAACAAAGAAACCAACAGGAGAGAUCAGAGUCAGAGAUUCUCAGUGGUCAGUCUUCCCAGAGUCAUCAAACAGACCUGGCCUCCAUAUUCAGUAUGCUUGAAGAGAAUAUUAUGACAUUUGUGAAGAACGAGCUGAAGAUAUUCAAGAGGAUUCUUAGUCCAGAACUCCCAGAAGGCUUUGAGAGUCAGAAGCAGGAAGUGGUGGACCCUGAAGAUGAGAAGCAGGAGAGCAGUGCCAGAGAGGGGGCUCUGAAGAUCACACUGCACAUCCUGAGGAAAAUGAACCAGAAGGAGCUUGCUGACACACUGGAGAAAUGUAAGAUCUGUCUGCCUCAUGAUGAAUUAUGUUUCAUAACAUUUAAAAGCUGUAGCUAAAGUACAGCUAAAGUAGCUGUGUAACUCAAUGAUAUUGUAGCAGCCUUAACUAGAGGUCGACCGAUUAUGAUUUUUCGACGCAGAUACCGAUACCGAUUAUUG